GGAACUGGACAUGAUUUCCACACGGGUGAUGGACUUUAAGCUUCGGGAGGCUGCCGAAGGCCUGGGGGAGGACAGCACAGGAAAGAAAAAAUCCAAGUUCAAAACGUUUAAGAAGCUCUUCGGGAAGAAGAAGAGAAAGGAAUCGCCUUCCUCCGCAGGAGGCAGCGCCUGGAAGCAGAGCCAGGCGAAGAGUGAGCUCAUUGCCAUCGAGGCGGGGCCAGUGGGCUACGACUCGGAGGAUGAGCUCGAGGAGUCGAGGGGCGCGCUGGGCGGCCGGGCCCUCUCACACGACAGCAUUUUCAUUCCGGAGUCGGGACAGGACCCCGCGAGGCCCGUGCGGGUGUUUUCCCAAGAAAACGUGUGUGACCGGAUUAAGGCUCUGCAGUUAAAAAUACAGUGCAAUGUGAAAAUGGGGCCGCCACCCGCUCCGGGGGGGCUGCCUGCCAAGCGGGGAGAUGACCCCGGCAUGAGUUCUGAGGACGACGGGCUGCCCAGGAGCCCCCCAGAGAUGUCCCUGUUGCACGACAUCGGUCCCAGCACAACCAUCAAGUGCCCGGACUCAGUGGCCGGCCGCGAGGGGCCGUGCGCACCUGCGACGCGUUAUGUAAUGUGUGGAAUUGGAUGCAGUGGCGCCUUCCAUCCCAAGCACAGCGCUGUGGGCUGUGUCGUUCUUUCCUGCUGUGACCGCGCACAGGCCUGCAUGCGGGCGGAGACCCUCGAGGAAGAUUCCUCCGAACAGAGCGUGGCACCGGUGGCUGAUUUCAGCUGCCCCCCAGAAUCCUCCUCCUGCCUGGACAACUCCGCAGCCAAGCACAAGCUCCUGGUUAAGCCCCGCAACCAGCGCUCCAGCAAAAUGAGGCGCCUGUCCUCGCGGGCGCAGUCCGAGUGCCUGGGCGACCUGACCUGCACGCCCGAGGAGGAGGAGUCCGACGAGAAGCCGGUGCCCACAGUCAGCGCAGAGGAGACGCCCAGUGCUGGGCAGCAGCCUGGGCCCAGGGGACUGGAGGAGGAGAGCCCCCCCGGGGACAACCCCUCCAGCCGCCAGGACACCCCGGAGGUCACGGAGGUCACGGAGCCCGUGCCAGGCCCCGCCCCUUGCUCGGAGUGCCCACUUUUGCCAGAAGACUCCCCACACCCUGACCCCGACAGCAAACGUCAAAGGGAGGAGCCAUCCCUUGAAAGCGCACGUCCACCCUCCGAGGACGCAGCUGGAGAUGGGGAGUGCGCUUCUGGAGACGCUGAGAGUUCAUCGCCCCGCGUCCCUGAGGAGGACAGGGCACCUCCUGGGACCGGCCCGGCCGUCCCCUCGGAGACUCGCCCUGGUCCAGACGGGCCAGGCCACCAUGCGCAGGAGCAGGCGGAGCUGACGCUGGCAGUGCCCGGUCCCAGUCCUGAGGGCGCAGAAGGCACAGAGGGCUCAGAGGACCUUGCCCCCAGCCCCCCAGCCUCCAAGAGCUGCUUGAAGCACAAGGCGCCGGCGAGCAGGAGCCUCAGCGUGUCCCCCACGCCGCCCGCCUCGGAGUCACCUCCACAGGAGCCCACCCCCUGUGCCCUGGACAAGGAAGCCGCCCCCCUCCAGUCCCCCAGGGCUGAGCAGGGCGAGUCCCCGCAGCGGGGAGCCGAGAGGGAGGCCCCGGAGCCAAAAACCGGGAGAGGAGGCAGCAAGCCCCGGGGCGGGAAGAAGGGGAACCCCCCGGAGGCAGUGGCCACACCAGCCACAAGAGAGCCCCGCCCCUCCGCCCAGGAGCCACGCCCGUGUGGGGACAGGAGCCCCUUCCCCGUCAAGCUCCGGUCCACAUCUCUCUCCUUCAAACACAGAGACGUGGCCGUGCCGGAAGGGAAAGGAGUCAAGAGGUACAGUGCUGAGGUCCGGCUAGAAAAAGGAGGACUGGCUCUGCUCUCGAAAGAUGACAAGUGUCACGUGGGGGCGGCCCCCACGAUUCGGGGGACCAGGCCCCCCAACGGACAGGGGAAGGGGAAGGCCCGGUCAUCGGAGCAGCCGGGCUCCAAGCCGCCCCUGCCCAGGAAGCCGCUUCUACAAUCCCUCACCCUCCCGUACCCGCCCGCGGGCCCCGACGUGAGCCCUGGAGAGCUGGACAAGGUCGCACCACCCCCGGGCCCCAGAAAGGAGAGUCGGACGGUGGAGAAACGGUUGCCCCGCCGGGGAGCUGAGAAGGGCCUGCCUCCCGCAGCAUCGGGGCCUGGAGCCGAGGGCCAGUCGGGGCCGCCCUGGAUCACCAUCACCCCACAGAAGCGGCGAGGGGCCCCCGAGCAGCCACCCAACCGGGAGGACAAGCCUGGGGCCCAGACCCUGAAGCCCGAAAUAGGAAGGGCAGCCAGGGCACCCGAGAGAGCUCAGGAGCCCAUGAGGCAAGCCGACUUCGUCCGCAGCAAGUCUUUCCUGAUCACCCCGGCGAAGCCCUCCGUGGACCGAAGGCAGGGGGCCGAGCUCUGCCUCCAGGAGGGGCUGCAGAGAGGGAUCUCCUUGUCCCAUCAGAACUUGGCAGCUCAGUCUGCAGCGAUGGCGGAGAGAGACCUGCACCAGCUGAAGAGAGCCAGCUACGCCAGUGCGGAGCAGCCGUCCUGGAUGGAACUCGCCAGAAAGAAGUCUCAAGCUUGGAGUGACAUGCCCCAAAUUAUAAAAUAGGUUGACAGCGUGUGACAAAAAGUGUCCACCACCUUGACGGGUCCCUUAGUGAAAAACGGCCACUAAAGGCAAAGACACUGAAACGUAAGAGUGAUUUUUAUCAUCCGGUUAUGGGAGGGCGGGCUUGGGGAGGAACGAGCCAGCCAAACAAGGACAGACACACAGCCACAGGCCUGGCCAGCAGGGCCCGAAAACAAGAAGACCAUUGAAAAGGUGUUCAGGGAACAAGGCCCGGUGCCCAGAGGCCUGAAUGCCAGUCUUUCAGAAAUCCCUUGAUCAAAGGAGCUCUGACACGGAAGAAAAAGGCAAUGAAACGCGGAUGCAAAACUGGGACCUGGAGAACGUGUGUCUGUGCCCCCAACUGAGAUCGGCUUGUGUCUGUGGCCGGGGUCUUGCCUGCGGAUCCUGUCUUCUCCUCUCCUUCCCGAUGGGGCAUGAUAUUUAUGGACGUAAGGAUGCCGCUUCCAAGAGCAGCGAUAGAGCAGCCGGUGUUCCUGAGCACAGUCCCUCUGUGAAGGGGCGGGAAGCACACAGCAGGCGCAUCAGCUCAUAGACCGUUUCCAGCAACAAUUUUUAAAUUUUUCCAUGAGGCAUCUGUGUCCUUAACCGUUGCACAACGCAUUGCCUGUUCAAUAAAAGGGUUCAAACACG